AUGGACGAGACCGAUGCUGCAGAAACCGUUCCUGAAAUGACCUUGCGCUCAUUGGUAUCGACAAAGGAAGCAGGUGUUGUGAUUGGCAAAGGUGGUGCCAGUGUCGCCAAUGUCCGUCAGAUCGCUUCGGUCAAGGUGGGCGUUAGCAAAGUGGUUCCAAGUGUCUCGGAGCGAAUCCUCACUGUUGUUGGACCACUGCCCAAUGUCGCCAAGGCAUAUGCACUUAUUGCCAAAAACCUUCUUGAGAGCACACAGACUAUCACCAGCAACGGCAAUUUGGAUAGUACCGAAGAAUCUACCGCUAUUCGUCUUCUUGUCGCUCACCAGCUUAUUGGAUCCAUCAUUGGUAAGGCCGGAGCAAAAAUCCGUGAGAUUCAAGAAGCCUCGGGUGCAAAAAUUGUUGUCUCAAAAGAGAUGAUGCCUCAAUCAACUGAGCGUGUUGUUGAAAUCUAUGGUCUUGUUGAUGCCAUCCAUAUUGCCAUUUACCACAUUGGUGUGUGUAUGAAAAGCGACAAUGAGCGUGCUGCCGGAAUCAUCCCUUAUGAUCCCCAAAACUCUCUUAGAUACGAUAGUUCUCCCUUUUCCUCAUCCGCCAUCAUCUCUACCUCUCGUUCUACAGGUCGUAAUAGCUUGACCAAUGCGAUUGGCCGACGUCAUUCUAGCAAUAAUUCCUCUGUUUCAUCAAAUAGUAUUCGUGCAAUGUCGGGAUCUACAUUUGGUGGAGCACCCGCUUCCUCUACCGAAAAUCCUGACACUCGAACGUGUGUAAUGACUGUACAGUCAGAUAUGAUUGGGUGUCUUAUGGGGAAAGGUGGAUCCCACAUCACCCAGAUUCGUCGUCUUUCUGGUGCUAAACUCCACGUUGCCGAACAGGUCAGCGGACGCAACGAUCGCGAAAUUACCAUUGUUGGAACUGACGAAGCCAACAGAAAAGCCAUGAGCUUGCUGUACAAUAAGCUCGAAGCUGAAAAGGGGAGACGUUUGUCUCAAACCUCUCAGGCUGUCGAGGAUCAUACCAACCUUCAGCGCUAA